GGUCACUGCAACAAACUAAUGCGAACGUGGGUCCGUCUUAUUUCCCUUCUAUGCGACAAAAAAUAAUAUGUUUCCGACAACGAUUGCGACGACGGACGUCGGACGACGUCGCCAUCUGCGACGCGUGCCGACCGCCCGCUCAUCACCGUCGCCAAAGACCACCGAUUGCUGCGUUCAGAGUUCAGAUUGCUGUGCCACCGCUCUUCAGUUCACCACUCGCUAUCGAGCGCCACAUGCAGCAUGUUUACCGUAGUUUCACUUUAGAAUUUUCCGUCGACGUUAUUCGCUCGCAUUUGAUAAUAAUAUUAUUAUUGUCGCUAUCACAACUAUGUUUGAAAUUUAUUCUUCGGACACGGAAGAAGAGCCUCGACUCGAUUUAUCAGUUUAUUAUGGCCGCCAACGAUUUUAUUCUAAAAAUAAUCACGCAAGAAUGAACAGCGAAUAUAAAAAUAAAACGUUCGAUGUAUCCGAACAGAUAAAAAGUUGGGAUACUUUGAAAUUAUCUAUUGCAGCUGCAAUAGAAAAGUUAAACCCAGGCAAUAUACGAUGUACAAGAAAUAAAUUGUUGCGACUAAAUAUUGUGCGUGGUAAAGGGCUAUUUUGUCGGUUUAUAUUAAACGCACAAUUGGAAUCACCCGAAACUACAAAUAUGUAUGCUACUUUGGUUUCCUAUAUUAAUCUCCAGUUUCCAAACGUGGUCGAACUGCUGUUGAUGAGGUACAUUAAUGUAUUCUUGGAUGCACACAAAUAUAACCAAGAGUACAAGUAUAAGUCUCCAAUACUCUUUUUAAUGUUUAUGAUUAAUCAUAAUGUUGCUAAAGACUGGUUGGCUAUGGAUAUUAUUAAAUUACUUAUACCAUCACUAACAGUGCAAUCGAUGGAAAUGAUAGAAAUAAUUUUCAAAGAAUGUGGUAAAAUAUUGUACUCGAAUCCGUUGAAUGAAUUAGACUUAAAACUCACGUUUAAUAUACUGCAAAUUAUUUCGCAAGAUACACGGAUUGAUUCAAAGGUUCAACGUUUGGCAAGAAUUAUAAUUACAAAAUAUCGAGAUCAUUACAAAUACGAACAGCACUUUCGUGUAGUAGAUCCUUUUAAACAGUAUACUCAUUUAUUGAAAUUAAAUAACCAAUACGAUUGUCAAUAUGAACUUGAUUAUUUUGCGCCUGAUUUAGAUUAUAUGUCUAAUGACAUUAUUUAUGAAAAUAAUAUAAAGCAAGCCCUGAAAUCAAAAUGUAAAAAUGUUUACCAUUUUUCAAAAGACGAUUAUGAUGAAAUGGCUGACGAUGAAGAUGAACAUGAAUCAGAAACAAACAAUUGUUCAUUAAGCAGUAAUAUAGCGAUAAAAAAAACUAUUAAAUUAAUAGUAAAUUUGAAUUUAUCUGCAUAUGACAUCGUUACUGAAUUAAAGCAAAUUAAGCUGAAACCUGGUCAAGAGAUGAAACUGUGCCUUAUAUAUUUAGAUUGUUGCUUUGAAAAUAGCGUUGUAUACAAUAAAUUUUUUGGAGAUAUAAUACAAUGUUUUUGUAUCAUGAAUGAUUUGAUUGUUGAAUCAUUAGAAUUUAUUUUCAUGCAAAGCUUCCCAAUUAUCCAUUUGUACAACCCAAACAAAUUAGUGAAUUUCGCUAAAUUUUUCGCUCAACUUUUAUAUUCUGAUUCAAUUUCUUGGACAGUAUUUUCAACAGUACGACUGACUGAAAGCGAAACAACUUACUCUACAAGAGUUUAUUUAAAGACCAUGUUCAAUGAAUUAAUUGAAUAUAUGGGACGCGAUAAUGUGAAAGAACGUAUUCUGUGUCCUUCUCUACAAACAUCAUUUAUUGGAUUAUUUCCGUUUAACACUCACGGCAAUUUUCGACUUUGUGAUCAAUUUUUCACGGAUAUUGGUUUUCCUAACUUAAUUGUUGAAUUCAGAGAAUCUUUACGAGGUAUACCCGUUUAAUUAUUCUUUACGACUGACGACUUUUUGUCAUUAAUUGCAGUGACAGCAAUCCUAACAAAUUAUAUAUAAGUACCUACAUAAUUAAGCUUUAAAUAUUAUAUUCGAAUUUAAAAUAUCACAUGAAUUAUUAUUAUACUCGUACUUUAUCUAAAAUAUUUUUAUGAUACGUUUAAUUUGUACAAUUUAACAUUAUUGAUUUUUUUCUUUUUAAUAAAUGUAUCAAUUAUUUAAAUUAAUUCUGAACAGGGAUACACGUUUGUUAUUAUUAGCCUUCGAUAUAAUUGUUGUUUAAA